AUGGCGGAGUCCGAGCAACGUCAGCUGGCGUAUUGGCAGGAGCAGCUCGAGGGAAGCCAGCCCGCCGAGCUGCUCUGCGACAAGCCCCGGUCGGGCAUCUCCUCUGGGAAGGCGCAGGUCCACCACUUCAACCUCGAUGACCAGCUUUACCAGGACCUCCAGGCCUUCUGCCAAACACACCAGGCCACUCCCUUUGUGGUGCUCCUCGCCGCUUUCAGGGCGACGCACUACCGCGUACACCCAUAUUUCUUUAGUGUCACGUCUUGUCCUUCUUGUACUCGUGCAGGGAUGCUACCUAACCAAAAGUUCCCCCCAAUAAGCGAGACUACGACUUGCGAGACUUGGAGAUUUGCACAAACACUUGAAAAACUCUUCCACAUGAGGUGUUUUGGUUUAACUUUUGAUUUGUGA